AUGGCGAAAGUGGUGAACUGGCAGCAGACGGCAAUCGUGUCAGCAGCCCUCAUUGCCACCGUUAUAAUCACGAGCCAAUGCUACACGGCUUCUUGGAAUGCCAGUGCGAGUCGACCAUCAGACGACAGCACCGUCACUUCCAGUAACCAGCAAGACUCUCAGAAACCCUCGAGGUUCCACAUUCGGGAUUACGGCCUCCAGGGACCUAUUCCCUGGACUUACAUCCGACCGUCCGUCCGCGAUGAGUUUACUGUCAACGGCUCGAUCCAAGCCGUUGAAAAUUUCCGCGGGAUGGAUUCGUACGAUUCCGGAGCGAAGGAGUUCGUCUGGCCAACCGAACAAAUCGACAAUUAUCGGCGACAGGCGGAGGAGCGUGCCCCGAAAGUUUGCCCUUAUGGAGUCAAUAGCACCCUAUCGUUUUACGAGGCGUUAGACAAGUACCCUGUGAAAGGGAAAUCGGUGCUGGUGAUAGGGAGUCAAAUCCCUUGGCUAGAGGGGAUUCUCUUGGCAUUUAAAGCUGGAUCGAUCACGACCGUUGAUUUCAACAAACCGGUUGCAGAUUAUCUCGGAUUGAGGUUGUGGAAUAUUCCUGAGUUGGACGCUACAGAUGAAACCUUCGACGUGGUAGCUUCUUAUUCGUCGCUGGAACACGAUGGGCUGGGGAGAUAUGGCGAUCCGCUAAACCCGGACGGGGAUCGGUUGAGAAUGAUGAAGAUCAGGGGCCUUCGACCUCCCGUCGCUCUUCCACUCGCCCCUGCCAUCACCCACCUCGUCGCCACCACGCUCGCCUCGAAUAGCCCUCCCAUCUCGUCACUCCCCCCGUCUCCCCACCUACUAUCACCCAUCCCAGGAAAACCCUCUUGUCGCCCUCCUUCUCUCCCCUACCAUCACCAACCUCGUCACCCUCGCGCUGGUCCCGAAACGCCCUCACGGCGCCCUUUCUCACUCCCCUUCAGUCACUCACCUCGUCGCCUAUGUGCUCGGCCUGAAACGCCCACGUCGUUGUCCGUUACGUUGCCCUCGCGAUCUCAUCACCCACCCCAUCGCCACGCGCUCGCACGAAACGCCCUCUCGUCCCUAAACCCGAUUUCCCCUCCCAUCGCCCACCUCGUCGGCUUCCGCGCUCGCCCCGAAAUGCCCCCCCGUCGCCUUUCUUCUUCCCCCUCCCAUCACCCACCUCGUUGCCUACGCUCUUGCUUUAAAACGCCCUCAACAUGUCCUUCCUUCCCUCCCCUCCCAUCACCUGUCCCGUCGCCUUCGCGCUCUCCCCGAAACGUCCUCACAUCGCCUUUCUUCCUCUCCAUUCCUAUCACCCACCUCGUCGCCCUUGCGCUUGCCUCGCAUCGCCCUCCCGUCAGCCCUCCUAACUCCCUUCCCAUUACCCGCCUCGUCGCUCUCGCGAUCACUCCGAAUCGUCCUCCCGUCGCCUUUCCUCUCUCCCUUUCCGCUCACGUCAUCCCCUCCCAUCGGCGUCGCGCUCACGUUCUCACCUUCCCCCGCCAUCGCAUCACCGUCGCGCUCAUGGUCUCCCCUCCCAUCACCUUCGCGCUCAGAAACUCCCCUCCCUUCUCCCAAGCACCACACAUUCUCCCCUCCCCUCACCAUCGCGCUCACGUUGCCCGUCUUCGCAUCGCCUUUGCGCUCACGGUCUGCGCUCCCAUCACCUUCGCACCCAUGGUCUCCCCUCCCAUCCCCCUCGUGCUCACGUUCUCUCGUCUCCCGUCGCCUUCGCGCUCGCACCUCCCGUCCCGUACCGUCGCCCUCGUGCCGUCCCCUCCCCAAUGCCCCUCCCAUCACCCAACCAGUAACUUUUGCCCCCUUAUUCUCUCCCCUCGCGUCUUUGUUUCCGUCAGCCUCUCACUCUCCCCUUCCGACUCCCUGACUCUCCUUGUAAAUGUCCUCUGCACCCAUCACACCCCGAACCCAUUCCUACAGCUCUCGCUUUUUACAGAAGGCUCGGGCGCUGCCAAUGCAAGUGUUUGGCUCUGCGUUUGA